AUGCAACAAUUAUCAUCAACAACAUCACUGUUAUCAUUAUCACCACCACAACAACUACCACCAACACCACCAAUACCACCAUCAGUACCAUUGUCAACAGAAGUACCAUCAUCAUUGCCACCACAACCAUCAUCAUCAUCAUCAUCGCCAUUAACAAAAUCAACAUUAUCACCAAAACAUACACGAUCAAGAUUAUUAUCACAUUCACGAUCACAAUUGUUAUCAUCAUCACCAUCGUCAUCAAUUAAACGAUUAAAAAGACAAAAGCAACAAUUAUAUCAUGGAUAUAAUUCGAAUGAUCCGGAAAAUCGUUGGAUGCAAUAUAAUUAUUAA